AUGCCAAGCUUCCUUAGCACUUCGUUGUACGGCGGUGCUGUGGUGUCUGAUCUUCCCGAGAAGUUUGCCGAUGUCAGUAAGCUACGACAGGUCCCAGACAACCAAGAAGUGUGGAUCGACGAGGAUGGCUUCACCAGUAUUAUUUUCGACAUGACCGAACGUGUAGGAGAGUCGGGUAGUGGCCCUGAGAUUGACGGCCGUGCCAUCACCACCCACCUCCAGGAAAUGGUUGGAUCCGACAUCGACAGCGUCAAGAUCUGGAAUACAGCAGAGACCGAGUUCAGUCGCCUGGAAUCAAAAUAUCCAGCCUAUACCCUUAUUGCGACGCAGACACCGAAAUCAAGCCAAUCCAGAGAUAGGUCAUCCACGCCCGACUUCACAGCGAUCAUUAUGACUCUUCUACGACUCGAAAAAUAUAAGACUGAUAUUCUUAUCACUAUCAAUGUGCCCCAUAUCAAAGGCGAGUAUAACGAAGAAGACGUAGACCUGGAACUAGGGAGACAAGGCAAGCUCAUAGGUGACGCUGUCGAAUACUCUGCACGCAUCUGGAAGUCAUUCAAGAUUAAGGAUUGGGAUCUUUUCGUUGUUGAGAAAUGA